AGAUGUGCAGAUUUGUCUGCAAAACGCAGAUUUUUAGGGUCCGUGUGCAGAUUUUUAUUGAUUCGCAGAGUUUUGCAGAUUUGCCAUAGUUUCUGCAGAUUUCUGUCAGAGUCUCCUUAUAUUUGCGCAGAUUUUCUCAAAAUGUGUGCAGAUUUUUGCAGACUUGCCUGCACGAGCGAAUUUUUUUCGAAUCACAAAUAGAUUUCAAGCAGAUUUUUCCGGGUUUUCGAGCAGUUGCAGACAUUUUUCAAAAACAUCUGGCAUCUCUGCGUACGACGCUUUAUAAAACAACUAUUUUUACAAAGAGUUGUUAUUUAUUGCAAAGGAAAUACAAUGGUUUCACCAUCCAAUGUACAGGAACUUCAAGACUAUUUUAAAACGCAUAAUAAAACCAGAGAAGCUACCAAAGCUCAUACCGCUAAAGUCCAUUCGGUUGGUUGGAACUGCGAUGGACGCCGGCUAGCAUCUGGAUCAUUUGACAAGUCAGUUGUUAUAUUUACAUUGGAUCGAGAAAGGCUGAAUAAGGACAGUACAUACCGAGGGCACACUGGAUCGGUAGAUCAAUUGUGUUGGCACGCUUCGCUACCAGAUUUGCUAAGCACAGCUAGCGGCGAUAAAACAGUUCGAAUAUGGGAUGCGCGUGUUGGCAAGUGUGCGACAAUCAUCAACACAAAAGGUGAAAACAUAAAUAUCACAUGGUCCCCGGACGGAAACACGAUUGCCGUAGGUAACAAGGAAGACCUUGUUACGUUUAUCGAUGCCCGGAUGUACAAAAUUUUGGCCGAAGAGCAGUUUUCAUUCGAAGUCAACGAAAUAGCUUGGAGCAAUGGCAGUGAUUUGUUCUUUCUAACGAAUGGGCAAGGCUGUGUUCACAUUCUGAACUAUCCUGAUUUAAAUUUGCAGCAAGUUUUGAAGGCACAUCCAAGUACAUGUAUUUGUAUUGAGUUCGAUCCCACUGGCAGGUAUUUUGCUACUGGAUCAGCAGAUGCAUUGGUGUCAUUGUGGGAUGCCGAAGAACUGGCCUGCUUGAGAGUAUUCUCUCGUUUAGAUUGGCCUGUGCGAACCAUAUCUUUCAGUCAUGAUGGCAAAUUACUCGCCUCUGCCAGUGAGGACCUUAUCAUCGAUAUUGGUGACACGGAAACUGGAGAGAAAGUCGCAGACAUUUCUGUCGACGCAGCAACAUUCACGGUUGCCUGGCAUCCUAAACAAUACAUACUCGCAUAUGCUUGUGACGACAAAGAUGCAAACGAUCGUCGACGGGACGCUGGUAGCUUGAAAGUUUGGGGUUUCUCAGAAUAAUCUAGUUUGUUAUAACAACUUUUCUCACAAUAAAAUAUAUUAGAUUAGGCCCAUGUUUCUUCUUGAUAA